AUGGAAAUAAAAUCAAAAUAUUUUCAAUCAAAUACUGAAACAAUGAAUAAACGUAUUUUAACUUAUUUAAAUCAAUUAGAACCACCGAUUGAUAUUGAAUUACCAAAAACGAAUAUACAAUGGUUAUAUCCAUAUAAAAAUCCUGAAACACAACGAUGUGUCGAAGCUUUCUAUUCAAAAUAUUAUUCAGAUACACACGAACGUAUUUUAAUACUUGGUAUUAAUCCAGGUCGAUUUGGUAGUGGUACUACAGGUGUUCCAUUAACUGAUCCAAUACGUUUAAAAACAAUAUGUAAUAUUGAUUCAAAUUUUGCUUUAAAACCAGAAUUAUCAUCACAAUUUAUUUAUGAUUAUUUUUUUAAACAAUAUUCAAUGGAUGAUUUUUAUCGAAAAUUUUUUAUUGGUGCUGUUUGUCCACUUGGACUUGAAUGUAAUGGACGAAAUAUGAAUUAUUAUGAUAAUAAAAUAUUAAUGAAUAAUUUACUUGAGCAUUUUAUACCAGAUAAUAUUCAAUGUCAAAUUGAUCUUGGUUGUUCAAAAAAAGUUGCCAUUUGUCUUGGUGAAGGAGAUAAUUAUUCAAUAUUAAAUAAAUUAAAUAAAAAAUAUCAAUUUUUUGAAAAUAUUCUUAAAGUUUCACAUCCAAGAUAUAUUAUGCAAUAUAAACGAAAAUCAAUUAACGAUUAUAUACAACAAUAUAUUGAUGCAUGUCAAUUAGCACAAACAUUUCUUAAGUAA